ACGGUUUUUCUGUGUAAAUUAUAAACAUAACCUAACCGAAAAAAAACAAAAUUCAUCCGUGGUAGUUUUGUUGGUGUUUUACGUUUUCUCUUCGAAAUGUCGAUCAAUCUCGUGCCUAAAAAGCACAAAAAGCACCGUCUGGAGAAACGGGAACGUCAUGAGAGUUCCGGCGAUAAGCCUUCGGGGCUCAAAUUGAUCCUGAAGGUCGGGAGUCAGGGGACUCCGGAACACAACCCGGAAUUCGGAAAUAUGAGCGGCUAUAGUGUGCCCGAGUUGGAAGGUGUGGAUCCGAACGAUCCAUACUACGCCCUUUCGAAAAGCCACCAUAAAAAAAGCAAGAAAAAAAAGAAGAAGAAGGAUAAGAGCAAGGAUCGAGAGAAGAAACACAAGCAUCAUAAGGAUAAGAAACGGAAAAGAGAAGAAAGCGAAACUGAGAACACUGAAGUUAUUCUGUCUCCGUACCCGGUGUUGGGAAGUCCGUCCCAACACAGGGAGCCCAGAACUUGUGUUUUGAAGAAGAUUCAAGAGAAAACCCCUCUUCAAAAGAUGUUAGAGCAUCUGUUGGGUUUAUUGGAGAAGAAGGAUCCCCAACAAUUUUUUGCUUGGCCUGUAACAGAAAAUAUUGCCCCUGGAUAUUCUAGUAUUAUUACACAGCCUAUGGAUUUCAGUACGAUACGUCAGAAGAUCGAAGAUAACUUGUACAACACUUUCCAGGAUUUCGUGGAAGACUUCAAACUAAUGUGUGAAAAUGCCAUGAAAUACAAUCACGUCGAUACGAUCUAUUAUAAAACUAGCAAAAAAUUGCUCCAGUCCGGUAUGAAACUGUUGCAGCCGGAAAAAUUGGGAUGGCUCUUCAACCUCAUCCCCGAAUUGACGAGCGACCAUGUCGGCUUCGAAAUAACUCCUGAACUGAGAUUGAAUAAGCACAGAGAUGAUAAUGAUGACGAUCACGUCAUCGAGAGUAAGCGUAAAAUGCCAAUCACUAAAUUUGAGGCUAUCCCGGAUGAGUUGACCCCGGAAGAAAUCUUAGUGAGGUCUCAGAAUGCCGCUAGGGAAGCCAGAAGAAAACUAGUUCUGAAAAAGGGAGGAGUUCCGAUGGGCUUCUUAAAACAACGUAGAGAUGGUACAACCAAUUUAAACAUUCUCGUUGGAGGUGAUGGGGUGAUUCCCGGCACCAAAAAAAGACCGGUAUUAUUGGGGCAGCUGACCGGCAAGUUGACUGAAGGAACGGGACAGUUGGCGGGAUUCAGGGAAGACAGGAGAAAUUAUGUCAAGACUGUGAAACCUCUGUACUAUGGUGCUUUUGGUUCUUACGCACCCAGUUACGAUUCGGCUUUCUCUAAUUUAACCAAGGAAGAAAGUGAGCUGGUUUUUCAGACUUACGGAUCUGACACCUCCCAACAAUACGCAGAAAGUAUCAUGGAUUUCGUUAAAGAUUCAGACUACGGCACCAGACUGGUUGAUAGUCUACUUGAUCUACUAACAGGUGGAGACCAUAGCAAAACUAAAAAAACCUUGGAAGCUAACAAAAAACUGAGGGAAGAGGAAGAAGCAGUGAAAACAGUUCUUGAAGUUAAACCGAUAGAUUCGGUCAAGGUUGACGUGGACGAACUGAAAAGCUUGCAAGGUCUGGGAAUAGACAUGAGUUUCCUGGACAACAUGGAAGAAGAGGUAAAAGUGGCGGAGGAAAGAUACGAGCUUCAACAACGCUUGAAUUCGAUGUGCGAACUGUUGGAAAAAUUGCAGAACGCCCAGCACCAGAGACUUUCCGCUCCUUUACCGCCCCAUUUGAACCAGUGUCCACCUCCUAGCGAGGAAGAGGUUAGGAUAGCGGAAACUAUCACUAAUAAUUUGACCGACAUCGCCAAAAGGGUCAAUCCGGGUGAUAUUGUUCCGGUGGUCGGAGUUAGAAAGGCUCUCGGAGUGGCUGUAUCCGACGUUGAGGUCCCCAACGACGUUCCCGACUUGGAACUCGAGUUACGACAGUUUUUAGAAUGUGAGUCCACUCAUCUAAGUCAUAGUCCUUUGAGGGACGAUAAAACGAUUGAGGAAAUGCUACUGGAAUGAUUGAUUGACGAUAAGUUUUAAAAUGAUCGAGGGAAUUUUCAGUGGGGUUCUCCUCUUAUUGUGUGACAUUAUAUUAAUUUAUAGCCGAGUUUUAUGAACAGAUAUAAGAUUCAAUUCCA